ACUUGGCCACAUCCAGGGCAAGAGUGACAGCAGCAUCCAGAUCUCUGCCUCCACAGCUGAACAGCGGAAGAAAUAAGUCUCCUAAAUACCUGCUAAAGGUGGACACCAUGGAAAUGAUGCGUCACCCUGAGGAAACCACUAACAUGAGGAGACAGACAGUGGCGUCUUAUUUCAGAUACUCUCUCAUGGACCUGCUGUCUAAGAUGGUGGUGGGCACGCCUCAUUUCGUCCGCUGUAUCAAACCCAAUGAUGACCGUCAGGCUCUGCGAUUCAAUAAGGAGCGUGUAAUGGUUCAGCUGCGUUACACCGGCAUCCUAGAGACCGUCAACAUCCGCCGGCAGGGUUAUUCUCAUCGGAUACUCAUCGAGGAGUUUGUUAACAGGUAUUACUAUCUGGCCUUUCGUGCACAUCAGAUGCCAGAAGGCAGUAAAGAAAAUGCUGUCAUUAUACUGCAAAGAGCCAAACUGGAACACUGGGUCCUGGGAAAGACCAAGGUGUUUCUGAAGUACUAUCACGUGGAGCAGCUCAAUCUGAUGUUGCGGGAAGUGAUCGCUCGAGUGGUAUUGAUGCAGGCCUACACUAAGGGCUGGCUGGGAGCUCGGCGGUACCGCAAAGAGAGAGAGAAACGAAACAACGGGGCAGUUAUCAUUCAGUCAGCCUGGAGGGGUUACACGGCCCGUCAGAAUCUGAAGCUGAUAAAGAAAGAGCGCGAGCUGGCUGCUGUGCAGAUCCAGUCAGCAUACAGAGGCUACAGAGUCAGGAAAGACUACAAACAGAGUCGACACACAGGACAAUCCACACCUGAAAGAAGAUCUUCCACCAAUCUCAUCUCAGAUGAAAAGGUUUUCUCUGUCAACUCAGACACAGGCAGCAGAGAGGACAGCUCCAGUGACGCGUCUUUGCUGAAGACAGACAAACAGAGUGACAGCAGAGAGAGAGACGGGCUUCAGGAGCGUCCGGCACUGAGCAAACAAGGUCCAACGGUGAAGCUACAUCACCGUUCCCCUCGGCGAAGAGGACAACAGCCCAAGCUCCUGAACAGCCCGGAAGACAGUCUUUAUUACAACCAUCUCAACAGAAGUCUGGAUUAUCAGGGGAGCAAGAGGAAACCCAGAAAACUGGGGCAAAUCAAGCUUCUGGAUGGAGAGGAUGAAUAUUAUCAAUUACUGUCCACAAUAGAGUCUGUUCCUGAGGAGGAAGUUUUAUCUGGCCCCUCCCCAAACCCUAAGUCUGUCACGCCUACUGCCCCUCCCACUAUCUCAUCCAGAUGAGCUGUGCUCCGCCCACCACUUUGACUCCUGCUGGCAGCUGAUGACCUUUUCCAGUCUUUUGCUACAAAAUGUGCUGUACAUACAAAAUAAUGAGGGAUCAUUAUUUAUGUGUGCAUUAUUUUCUCAGUAUUUGCAUUUAUGUAUUUAUUAUUAAAGGAAAAAGUGCUAUUUAUCAAUUUUCUUAGAAUAAAAAGGAAAAAUACAUGGUUAAUUAAAUAAGGACUCUCAAAGGCAGCCUGUUGAACUGUUCAUAUUUAAAAUAAUAUGUUGCCAAACAACAUGAUUAGAUGAGUGAUGGCUGACUCACUGUGCUGCUUUUAUUUCUUCUUUUUUUAUAAGACUGUUUGGUCUGAGCUGUUUAUGAGCGACUGAACAUAGAACAAGUACAUUCUUAUUCUCUGCAUCACUCAUUGUAGUGUUGAUAUUAUAAAACUACCUUUUCUGGUCAUAGAUUCAUUCCAUAUAUACAGUAUAGUUUAAAAAUAAGUAACACGUCUGUGAAUGGCGAGUUUGUGAGUUUGGGUGAAGUUUCAGCCUUGUACAGUGUUAGUGUCUCUCAAUCCAAUCUCAGCAGCUGUUUUGUAUUCUAAUCUGUCUGAGAAAUAAAGUCAACAAAAUCAA